GGUCAGGAGGGAUCCGGUGUGGGACGGGGGCCAGGGGGGUCGCUGUCACCCCUGCCGGGCCACAACUGUCCGGUCCUGCGAGGUAGGAGGAGGGUCGGCUCCGGGAGUCCUGUUUCUUCAGGUCGUGCCGCCACCUCUCCAUCACCAUGGGGGAAUGGACCAUCCUGGAGAGGCUGCUGGAGGCGGCUGUCCAGCAGCACUCCACCAUGAUCGGGAGGUGGCCCGAAAAAGGAGACCGACGGGAUGUCCGUGUUGCUCUGUUUCUGCUGGAUAUGAUCCUGCUGACUGUGGUGGUGAUUUUCCGUAUUCUGAUAGUCGGAAUAGUGGGUGAGAAAGUGUACGAAGAUGAACAGAUCAUGUUCAUUUGCAACACCAUGCAGCCCGGCUGCAACCAGGCUUGCUAUGACAAGGCAUUCCCGAUCUCGCACAUCCGUUACUGGGUGUUUCAGAUCAUCCUGGUUUGCACUCCAAGCCUGUGCUUCAUCACAUAUUCGGUUCACCAAUCUGCGAAAGCACGUGACCGAAGCUAUUCUCUGCUGCAUUCUCACAUGGAUCACCAUGGUCACGGUCACCACGGGCGCCACCACGACCAUCACCCUCGGAAGCUUCAUGCUCGCAACAUCAACGGCAUCCUCGUGCACCCUGAAAGCAGCAAGGAGGAUCACGACCUUUUGGACGUCAAGGAGAUCCCCAAUGGACCCCGAGGGUUCCCUCAAACCCCGAAGGGUUCAAAAGUGAGACGGCAGGAAGGCAUCUCCCGUUUCUACGUCAUCCAGGUUGUGUUCCGUAACGUGCUGGAAAUCGGCUUCUUGGCCGGCCAGUACUUUCUUUACGGCUUCAAUGUGCCGGGGAUGUUUGAGUGUGAUCGCUACCCGUGUGUGAAGGAGGUGGAGUGUUACGUGUCCCGUCCAACAGAGAAAACUGUCUUUCUCGUCUUUAUGUUCGCCGUCAGCGGCAUAUGCGUGCUGCUCAACCUGGCCGAGCUCAAUCACAUUGGAUGGAGGAAAAUAAAGACGGCUAUCCGAGGUGUGCAGGCGCGGAGGAAGUCUAUCUGUGAAGUGCGCAAGAAGGAUGUGUCACACCUGUCCCAGACCCCCAACCUGGGCAGGACCCAGUCCAGUGAGUCAGCCUAUGUCUGUGCCAAACAGACUGAUGUGGCAGUCUGGGAGCGCUCGCUGGAAUUACGUACGCUAGAGGCAAGGCGUAUCUCUCUCUCUUGCUCCCUCUCUCUGCUGAACGUGGUGAAGUCAUAUAGUUCGGGCGGGGGGUGUUUGCUGCUGAGUACUCUCUGCUCGAGUUGUAGAGGAAGAAGAGGAAGAAGAGGAGCGGGAACCGCACCACGAGCACAAACCCACCUGCAAUCAACCGGAAACUACAACCCAAAGAUCAACAUGGCAAACAGAGGCCCCGCCUACGGUCUGAGCCGCGAGGUUCAGAGUAAAAUCGAUAAGAAAUACGACCCGGAACUGGAGGAGAGGCUGGUGGCGUGGAUCAUGGCCCAGUGUGGCUCUGGAGUCGGCCAGCCCGACCCAGACAAGACCGGCUUCCAAAACUGGCUCAAGGAUGGAUGUGUACUCUGUGAGCUCAUCAACAGCCUGUACGGAGCCAACAAACCCAUCAAGAGCAUCAAAACCUCCGGCAUGGCCUUCAAGCAGAUGGAACUAAUCUCCAUGUUCCUCAAAUAUGCCGAACAAUAUGGAAUCGUAAAAACGGAUAUGUUCCAGACUGUAGAUCUCUUUGAAGGCAAAGACCUGGCCGCCGUCCAGAGGACCCUGAUGGCCCUCGGCAGUCUGGCCGUCACAAAGGAUGAUGGGAAUUACAGAGGAGAUCCCAGCUGGUUCCAUAAAAAGUCCCAGGAGAACAAGAGAGACUUCUCGGAGGAGCAGCUGAGGGAGGGCAAGAAUGUCAUCGGCCUGCAGAUGGGCACAAAUAAAGGGGCGUCUCAAGCCGGCAUGACGGGCUACGGCCGGCCGCGGCAGAUCAUCAACAACAACCCUCCUCCUGCCGUCUGAGAGGCCUGCCAGCAGGGGCGGAGAAAUCCAGACUCUUACCGUGGAAGCGAGGAGAAAAGCCACCUGACUGUUUGUAAAACUAACCUGGACCAAACUAGGAAAACACGAGCAUGUACACAACACACACUUCCUGUCAAACACGUACAUCCACACCGUCAACUUUAUGAGUAAGACAUAAAGCUCUUUAUAUUGUAUAGCGGCCCUGUCCCUGGCUCUUUGUGGCUUUCAUUUUCAUUCCAGUUUUGCAUGUGGUAGCAAAUUACCUCGAAAUCCAGUGUGCCGUACCUUAUUUCAAACCGUGCCUUACGAUUGAUUUCUUAUCUUUAAAUUCUCUUGGGUUCACUUAUUGGUCUCAUUCAAUGUUUGGUUUCUUUUUGUUCUCUAUUUUUUGACGUCUGCGUUACUUCAUCACGGAUGAGCAGCCAACAGCUCCUUUUCCAAACUACCAGAUGGUGCAUUCAAGGACAUUCCCAGCUCAAAAUCUUUGGAUUAUUUUGAAUACAUGAAAUAAUAUCUGUUAUUUAUUUUACACUGUGGCUUCCUUUGCUUUUCGUUCAGCCGGUCGACCCUGUGACGACGUGGUUAUCAGUUCUGAGAUAUCAGGGUGACCUUGAACGCACCACCGAGGAUAGUUUUGAAAACACUGCAGCUGCAGUACAACACAGUGAACAUGCAAAUCUUGGAUUUAAAGAAAAAAAAGGGGGUUGUAAAGGGUAAGAAAUGAUAUACAUUAUGUUGUUUACAGUAGGGUUAAGUAAAGAAUUUGAAGUUAAUAUGUUUAGGAUAAGGUGUGUUGGUAAGUUUAGAAACCAGUUUGAAACAGAUUGUUUUGAAAAGAAACAUAUCGAGUGUUUUUCCAGCUACAUUACACAAUCUGGAGUUAACUGAUGUUAGUUAGAUAAUCUCUAAUCAAAUUUUGGACCAUCUUUUUAGACUCUGAUAAUCACAUUGAUUUGAAAAUAAAGUUUGACAUAACUUUUCAAA